AACUUAUAGACAUUAAGUCGCAGUAGCACGUUGACCGCUCCAUGCAGUGCGCAGCCUUGGGAGAAAUGACGACUUAGUCCUCGAUUUCUAGUCGGGAUAGAGAUUGACAAUGCUAUGCUCUAGCUAGUAUUUUUCCUAGGCCUUCAUCGUCCACGCGUUGGAAAUAUAAUGUCGGAAGUCCGACCGAGGGAAAUAUUUUGCUCAAAGAGCAGAAAUUAUCACGAUGUUCGGCUGGAGCUUGGCAUCCGAAGAGUUUUGGAAUUACAAUUUUGCAACAACUUAGGAUUCGCUGGGAACUGCUGGCGCUGCAAUCGCACUUGGACAUCUAAAUGCGAAACUCCCGUUUUCCUCACCGGGCUCGUGGACAGCUCAACCUCCCCUCCCGUCGUCCACCUGCGCCUCGCCCACAACCGAAGCUUCACCUGCGACGCAUGCAGGGAGGCCGCGGCCGCAGCAGCUGGUGCUGCUGGCGCUGCUGCUGCACCCCCGGCCGCGGCACCUCACUCCGCUGCAACAGCGCCGGCAGCAGCAGCGGCAGCAACCCACGUCCCUACCGACCCGCGGAGACUGCUCCCAGCAGCAACAGCAGCAGCAGCAGGACCACAGGCGAACGGUGAGGUGGCCCCGCUGUCUGGCUCCCAUGCAGACCCUCGCAACGGCAACCAUGCACGCACCCCUGCUGCAACGGCAGACGGGGCGGCAGCAGCAGACGGGAAAGCGGCCCACGGCGGGGGCGGGCUGUGGCUGGAGGAGUGGGUGGAGGCGAGGAGCAGCCGGGUGAAGGGCAGUCGGCUGACGGCGGCGCGUAUACGUGUGUCGUUCAAAAAGUACUACCUCGCCUCCCUGGCCGCUCCGCCCGCUGCCAACCCCAACCCCAACGCCGCCUCCGCCUCCGCCACUACAUCCGCCGCCGUGGCACCCGCAGCGCCCACCGCUCCCACCUCCUCGACCCUACCCGCAACCCCGGGUGCAGCUACCGCACCAGCAGCCUCCGGUGCUGCCCCCACGUACUUAGUUCGGCUGGCCUCCCCCAAGGCGGCGGCCGCAUGGGCUGCUCGCCUGGCGGGGCGGCUGGGACCGGGGGAGGCGGCGCGGCUGGGGGGGUUGGAGUGGGAGGUGGCGGGGGUGGAGCGGAGGUGCUUGGCGCACGCAAUGGGGGCGGUGGCGGACUGGGUGCUGGCGCCGCAGGUCCUCACCAGCCCCGACACCUCCCUCACCACCUCCUCCUCCGCCGCCCCGCUCCUCGUCCAGCUGCAACCCUGGGCCUUCGCCGCUCGGGAGUCCCCCAGCGUGCGGACCGCAUGCAACGCGGUGCGCCCCAGCCUGUCAUGCCUGGGCGGCCCCGGGCUGGGCAAGCCGCCCACCUGCCUCACGGAG